GAGACUGCCUCUAUUGACAUAAAUAUCAAAGCUCAAGACCCGAGGUCUGCCGUCACGUGGAACGUAUCUCGGCUCUCAGAGCCUCUACUCCUACUCCACCUCCAUACUUGUACUCCCCUGCAUCCCCGACAUGGAAUGGUGACAACCGCUUGGUGGAUUCGACUGGGAACGAGGCUGCUAAGAAACGCCUGUGGUCAGAGACUCCCAACCGCGAGAGAUAAGGCGUUAUGGAGAGGGAAGAGGAGGGCCCGUCACGUCGGCUCGUGAGGAAGACUGACAUCAGCGUUGACGGUGUCGAAAACAACGAUGACCGGCCUGAGGGCAUGGCUCUCGCCGAGAGUGCUGGGUUGCGAGACCUAUCAGUCGUUCCGACCCUGUUUCCCGCCCAAAUCGCAAACCUGAUCACUACUCUCGCUACAUCCGCCCGAUUGUCUUUACGACUCUCUGCCUUCUUUAUCGAGGCCAUCCUUGAGACGUCGCAGAUGUCCACUCGAUUAUCUCUUGGGUAUACACGCCGUUUACUAGUGACUGCCAUAUCAUCCGCUCGAAGAGUCUAUCUCAUGUCAAAUGCGGCGUUCGACGGCGACCUGCUCGGUGUACUUGGAUUCGGGGAUGAUAAAGCCGUCUCUCCAACCACCACCGACACUUUCCUGCAAGUCCUCGAUAAGUAUACCAAUCUCGGGAUUUAUAUCAUCCACCAUACUUUCACCCUGGCCGAACUAUUUGCCAUGUCAGGAUUUUACCUCACCGCCAAUGCUGUUCAAUCAGCUCACUUUGCCGCACAAGAAUCUGUAGCCUUGUUCGAUAGUCUCUUUGGGUCUAACGAAUCUUCGCGAGCUCUGUCCUCCAUUAUCACCCUCGUCAGGACAGAGUUGCUGGAAGACGAGCGCUUCAAAGCCAAGGAGAAGGGCAAAAUUGCGAGUCUCACCGCUCUCACGAAGGCUUUGACAGCAUUUGCUUGUCUUCAAUCUGCAACUUGGAAACGUACCGAGGCAAAGCUCAAGACCAAAGUUCUGUAUGAUUGCACUGUCGCGGAAAACAGUGUUCAGCGAACCCAUGACCGACAAACAAGCCCAAAGCUGGAAGUGACACGCCCAAAUUUUAGUCCGGCCUCAUCAAGCUCGAGCUCAGGCUCGGCCAUGGAGGAAGUUGACCGACAGCUGGAUGUCCCAGUCGCGGAAGCCAAGGCUCGUAUCUUUGAAGACGAUGAGAACGCUCGAUUGCUUCACGCUGGUGGAACGAUUGAGAUUACCGAUGAGUAUUCGGAGUCCACCACAGUGACCCACACGUUCACCGUCAAGGAUCUCGAAGCGAUGGGAGUAACAAUUGGCAAUAGCCACAAGAGGGCGCGAAGCUCUCCCGCUACUUCUUCGCCUUGUCCAACCGGCAUCAAGACGAUAGAGAGCGCAGAGGAUGACGAUGAUGAAUGGGUCGAUUUUCUUCGCGAUGCUCAGCUGGAGGGAAGUGGUAUCCCGUCCGUACCGAACGAGUCUAGUUCAACGGGGACCCGGGCGUACCGGGAUACUCUUGAACAUUCAUCAGCCAGUUCUGAGAGGAUUCAAUUCGUCCUGAAGACGAUGACAAGUAAACUCCUCUCUCGGAAAAGGAAUAUGCGAACAGAGCCAGGCAGCAAUAUACAAGGUUCUCCAGCUGGCCGACAACACCGACCGAGUGUUACGUCCAUUGCUUGGUCGCCACAGUCGACGUUGCCAGAAUCGAGCUCUAGCAGUAUACAUACGCGGAGUAGUGAGAGCACACCGGGUACACUGUUGGACUCAUCAUCUCAAGCUGGAGCCGAGCUCGCGACUCCAGUCAAGAGGAUAAUGUCGAGAGCAAAGUCAGCUUUCCGUCCCUUAAACAGUCGCAAGCGAGUAUCAAGACCCAGCAGUCCCGUGGAUCCAGAAAGGGAGGUGGAGCUUUCACACAGACGCCGGAGUGAAGACUUCGCCCACACUCGAUCUCUUGCCAGUCCAACGGAUCUGCCAAGCUCAUUACCCCCUAGUUCCAGUCGCAAUGACCCAUUCAAUAGAUUGAAAGGCGCAAGAGACUCCAAAAAGGUUGUGAAGGAAUCUGUGGAAUCCGUCUCGAAUCGAACGCAGACUGCAGUAUCAAGUAGGACUCCUCGACAAGCAUCCGCCAGAGACCCUGGACAGGUCUCUCUUCAUGACCAGCUGUAUCGAAAUCUACAUCGGUACAUGCGGUUCGCUAGUGCCGCAUACGGGCAAAACUUCUUGCGGAUCUUUGGAAUGGGAGAUGCCGAAUACAACUUUCCUACUACCGGACAGCAUCACGCCAAUAGCUGGUCUUUUGCCCAGCACACAAAAAUCCCCAUCGACAGCCUUUUGUUAUCCUCCUACGCUGAGACGACUCCUCUGAGUAGUCAAAAGGCUCCCCCUCUAAUCCACUACGUGGCAGUUGAUCACGAGCGUAAAGCCGUGGUUUUAACUUGUCGUGGCACGCUGGGCCUAUCAGAUGUCCUGAUAGACCUCACGUGCGAUUAUUGUCCGAUCAAAGUCAGUGGUGCGGAUACUCACGGGGAAUAUUAUGUCCACUCGGGCAUGUAUCAGUCCGCGCUUGGUCUCACCGCUCGGGGCAGCAGGGUCCAUCAAGUCUUGGUCCAGGCAUUAGAGCAGAAUCCCACCUACGGUCUCGUCUUGACCGGACAUUCUCUAGGUGGCGGCGUUGCUGCGCUCCUGGCCAUAGCAUGUGCUACACCAGCAGCCGAGUACGUCGCCUCCACCUCGACUCAAUCCAGUGGACAUGCAGAAAUUACAACUCCUUUCGUGACCUCUGCGGAGUCUGGCUUGCCUGCUGGUCGACCGAUACAAUGUUAUGCGUUUGGAACUCCUGCGGUCGCUUCGCUGGACUUGGCGAAGUGGGCUCGAGGCUUGAUCGUCUCGGUCGUGCAUGGCUCCGAUGUUGUACCGACGCUGAGUCUAGGUGUCUUGCGGGAUCUCAAGAAUGUGGCAUUAACACUCUUCGAGGAAGGACUAGUAGCUGAGGAGAUUGUCGGUCGGGUGAUCGGGGUGUACCAGCGGAAGUUUGCGUUCCAGCGCGAUGAGACUGGUGUCGUCUCUCUCCCCGCCAGCAACGACCAAGCCUUGUCAGACUGGACCAUGUCGUUGAUCAAGACCAUGAGAGCGGAUAUGGAUAAUGAUAAGCUUUAUCCGCCGGGCAACGUGUACCUCAUAGAGUAUUUCGAUGUUUGUCAGACGAUCCAUGAGCGCUCGACUGAUACGUCGACCGGUCAGAGCGUCUCCGAGAGGAAGGCCCGAAGAGUCAUUUUGCGACAUUGUGAAUCAGUACAAGAGCGAUUCAGAGAACCCUUAUUCACGAAGACCAUGUUGAACGAUCAUCUGCCAUUGCAUUACGAAAGAUCGACACAGCUUCUGGCUGAUGGCUUGAAAAAUACAAAGUAGUUUAUGACCGACCUGUCUUCAAAGAUCGAGCAUAGUAUAGACCUGCGAAGCGUUGUAUGGUUGAUAAGCUCGCUGACGAGUAUUAUAAUGCAUGUAUAGCUUGUCUGACUGU